AUGGGUCAUUUUGAGGAUUAUCUGCAUUCUGCAGCUUUAACGAUUCAAAAGAGAUACCACGGGUGGAAGGGAAGAAAAGAUUUUUUGAGAAUAUGCAACCGCAUUGUAAAAGUUCAGUUACUUGUGCACACAGAAUUUGAAUCUUGUUUGAAAUCCAAACUCAACCCUACUCACCUGGAAGUAGUUGAUACAUCUGGAGGAUGCGGUGCAAGUUUCGUAGUUGAGAUUGUAUCAGAAGAAUUUGAAGGCAAGAGGCUACUGGAGAGGCAUCGAAUGGUGAAUGCUGCAUUGGAGGAGGAAAUGAAAGAGAUUCACGCUCUCUCUUUCAAGAAAGCUGUCAUCCCAGAGCAGUGGAAACAGCUGCAGCAAGACUCCAACCAAGCAAAUCCUGCUGCCUAGGAUCAUGUCUUUUCAGUUACAAUAAUAGGGUAUAAAUAAGAAUAUUAGUGUUCUCAACAUGAACAAGGU